AUGCCACCCGGGCGACUUGUUCAGGGUUCGCGCCGCCCUCAGCCGACUGCCUCCGCGUCCACAUCAGCCCACAAUGGGUCCGACCUGCCCCCCUAUGAGCCUCCCUCGCAUCCAAUGAACGAUGCAGGCAGACAGGCCCUAUCCAACUUCACCAACAACAACGCGGAGAUGCGCAAGUACGAGGACCAUCUUUCCAAAUCCGCUACCUACUUGCGAGAGGCCGUCGGCGCCAUCAACGAUACCCUGUUUGCUCGCAAAUCACAGCUGACGGGCAAGAUCGAAAAGCGACGUGGCCGUGGCGAAUCUGAAAAGGGCGAAGACGAGGCCGAGCUCGAGGAAUACGUCAACAAGCUACAUGGAGAUGUGACCCAUUUGACUGAUGAGAUCGAGGCUGCCUUGCGACAGGUUAUUGACUACCGUGCCGAAGUUCAGCGCGAGAAGUUAGUUUUGGGCUCGGUGGCAGACCAGGUACAGAGCGAAAAAUCCCGCCGGGAACGCCCCUCACGGAAACGGAAAGCUGCACAGCGGGUCAGCAGCGAUAGUGAUGAGGAGAUGGGUGGUGUCGAUGCCGAGCCUGAAGAGGCAGAGGCCGUCGGAGCUAAGGACGAGGCCCCUCUGACCGGCGUGCGCGAGGCACUCCACAAGGCAAGAGAUUCCAACGCGAGACAGUACCGUGCCACGAGUGCUUAUGACCGUUACGCUUCCAACAACGAGUAUAUCGCUUUCAAAAAGAUGUGGCAUGAUGCCCAGCAUCCCGAAGACCAAGUGCCCCUUCCCGAUGCGUCCACUUGGUUUGAUAACCAAGGCAGGCCUAUUUGGGAUGGUGCUCCGGCGGGCGAUGAGGACCUCAUUAUCGAGCGCGAGGUCCAGGACCUCACUUGCAAGUUAACGCUUCGACCCUUGAAGGAGCCAUACGCCAACCACAAAUGCCCACACGUUUUCGAGAAAACCGCAAUAAUGGAGUACUUGAGAGGCACUGGGGGCAAAGCACAGUGCCCUGUGUGCACCAAGGAGCUUCGCAUCAAGGACCUGUAUCUUGAUGAACUCACAUUGCGCAAGGUCAAGCGAGCUGCUCGAGCAGCAAGGGAAAGCGAGGACAGGAGCUCCAAUGCUGAUCCCGACGAACAAAUGGAUGAAAGCGUCCUCAUGGGUGAGAGUACCCAAUUACGGUCAGGCCGUGCGAACAACGGGGUGAAACAGGACGAUUCUGAGUGAGAAAGGUUGUCUUUUGCAUCGAGCUAAUGAGGGCGGCCGCUACAUAGCGGAGUCUAUUCCAC